CUUUAGCAACAAAAUGGCGACCAACGUUCAACCAGACUAUGACAAGCCGGGAGAUGAAGGAGAAGAACGCGUAAAAAUUAUAUGUCUCGGUGACAGCGCUGUAGGAAAAUCAAAGUAUGUAUCAUAAUAAACACAUUUUUUUUUUCAUUUUUGUUUUACAUAAAAUACACUCAAUGUUUCAAUGGGCUUUUUCUGGUACUUACCAAUUAUCGAGUAGUGUUAUUUUAACUUGACUUAAAACUUAAAACUUACUAAGUAAUAGUUAACGUACCAUAACACAUGCUGAAACUUGCACCUUACUUAUCAUGCAUUAGUUAAUUAAAUUUGAAAUAUAUUCAGAUACCAAUAACAUUAGUAAUAUAUGUCAAAUAAUAUAUAUCCAUUGCAUUUUAUUUUUAUAAACAAUAUUAUUCAAUAGGCCUAUAUUAUAUUAUAUGAUAUAAUUUAUUAUAAGUUGAAUUUUUAAAAGAAAUCCAACAAUUUUUAAAAGUCAAUAAAAUUCACUAUUUCAUUAGUGUUAAAAUUUGAAGGCUAAUUACCAAUUUAGUAAAAUAGGAUUUUACCUAAAAUUAUUAAAUUAAACAUUCAUAAUUCAUAUUGACAUACAAAUUAUGUAUUCUAUUGCCUAAUGUCUAUUAUAGUCAUAGUGAUUUAAAAUAAAUAUCCAAAUGCUGUUUUUUUUUUACAUAAACAAUAACCAUUUCUUCUUCUAUAUCUUAAGGGCCCACGAUCAAUUUAUUGAUCAUUUUGGCUCCUAUUUACACAUUGUACUAGAGCUAAAAAAUAGAGCUCCAGCCAUCUUUUUUUAUUUAUGGUAACAUUUUUUAUCUGCAUGGAGAAAUCUUCUGUCAUGUAGUCUUCUUGCAGAAAAAAUCAAUAUGAUGUUGACAGCAAAUUAAACAAAAUCCCAUUUAUUUACUUCAAAAUUCUUCCUUAAAAUUCAUUUUAAAUAUUGAAUAUUACUCUUAAUCACUUGAUAUAACAGAGUCAAUGAAGGCAUCUCUCCCUGAGAGGAGAAAGCAGGAUACAGAUGUAUGCAGUUUCAAAGAUUCUUGAAUUUCAAGGAUUCUUGAAUUUCAAAGAUUCUUGAAUUUCAAAGACAGGAAAUGUGCCUUGCCUAGGGCAAGACAUGCUAUCAGUGUAAUAGAAAAGAUAAUUUUAAGACAUGAGGCAAGGGGGUAAACUCAAUGAAGGAUAAGAUCAGAUGUGACAUUGGUGAUCAAGAAAGCAUUGUGGGAGUGUCUAACAUUUCAAAUAAGACCAAGGGUGCUUGGUAGCAGAUUGUUCAGUGGUCUAAACUGAGUCAAUCCUUAGCUGAUCAAAUGAAGUUUAAUCCCCAGCAAAAGUAAAGAAAAUCACCAACACCCUGGGUGGAUGGGACUCGUUAACCUUGGAUGGCAACGCAUCUAAAUUUCUGAACUCAAACCUGGAGAUUGAGUCCCAUAGGUGGUACGACACUAUGAAAAUUCCGAAAACUCCUGCAACAUAGAACCAUAAAGAGCACACACAAGAAAACUUAUGCAUCCUGGUUUUUUUCCAGUCUUCUUGACUUAGUCUUGCCAUGGGAUCAAAUGGGCAAGAACGAGAGAUCAAGGCAGACGAAUGGAGCAACUCUCCUUCACUUUAAACAAAAUACAGCUCAAGUCAAGGCUACUACUCAAGCAUUAGUCAUCUUGGCUUGCGAAGGACAAACAAUAAUAGUAAUAAUAUAAGUACCAAUAUGAUAGUUCAUUUUCAAAUCGAUGUAAACACAAUAUGUGAGAGAUUUUUUAAAGGAGAACAAAUAUUCCCAAGCCAAGAAACACUAGUUAACUGAGUGAAGCAAAAAUGAAGCCCCUUGAACAAGCCAUAUUAAACUUAAAAACAAAAAGAAAUGGAGAGGGAAAAAUAAAAUAUCUUUAAAUUUGUGAAGAAUGGCCUACAUUGUCCCCUCUGUCUACAGGCUAGCCAGUCAUUAUGGUGAUCUCUAUAAAUCAGGAUCAGCUUGUAUCCAAGGUGGAAAACAUAAAUUAUGUGCUAGGAGAUCUUGGAGAAUCACAUCUAAAACAGACCCAGCAGUUAAACCUACUGCAGAAGAGUGCCAUUACCUUUAAAGACACAAGUAAUGAAAUAUAUUGAUAAAUUAAUAGGAAGGGAAAUACCAUUUAACUGUGGAUGAACCAUCUAACUGGGGAAAAUCAGAUGGCUGUGGUAGAAAAAGCUGAUGGAAAAAUUUUAAAUUGAAUAGAUCCUCAUCCUUUGAAUUCAGUUCUCAAGAGUGAGCAAUUUAAAUUGCCCACUUUUGAAUAAAUUUUACCUGAGUUUGUUCAUGGAAAAAUAUGACCAAAACUCCUACUUGCGUGUAAAAUCAGUUAACGAAUCUAACAAAUUGACAAAUAUGAUCACACCAUGUGGGUGGUCUAGAUAGACUAGGUUACAAUUUGAGCUAAACAUAAGCAGUGAUAUAUUUCAGAAAAAACUAAUCCAGGCUUACAAGGAUGUGUGAAUAUUGCAGGUGAUAUCAUGAUGGCUGAUAGUAAAGAGACAAUAGAAGAAUCUGAGAUGGAACAUAAAAAAAAAAAAAUACAAUGUAAAGAGAACAAUUAUUUAAUUCUCAAUGAGGAAAAAGCUAAAAUUGAACCGGUUGAGAUAAUAUUUAUGGAUGAAAUCAUUAGUAAAAGGUAAGGUACCUCAGUGUUACCAUUCAAAGAGAGGUCCGCUGGGAUGAGCCUGUAAACAAUGUGUGUAACCAGGCAAACAAGACACUUGGGUUCUUUAGGCGAAAUCUAAAGAUUGGCAACUCCAGUGUGAAGAAAGAGUCUAUAAAGCUUUUGUGCUGCCGCUUUUAGAUUACGCAUCUUCAGUCUGGGACCCAUUUACCCAGAAGAGCAUCAACAGUUUGUAGGCGAUUCAGUGACAGGCAGCAUGCUUUGUCCUGAACCACUAUAGAGUCUAUAAAGCUUUUGUGCUGCCGCUUUUAGAUUACGCAUCUUCAGUCUGGGACCCAUUUACCCAGAAGAGCAUCAACAGUUUGUAGAUGAUUCAGUGACAGGCAGCAUGCUUUGUCCUGAACCACUACAGGAAUACCUCUAGUGUUGGCAGCAUGCUAGAAAAACUGGCCUGGUCACCUUUGGAGGAACGAUGACGACUAUCCAGGGUCUCCAUGAUGAACAAGAUAAAUAAUGGACUGGUCCACUGCUCUAGCAUUAAACAGAAACUCAUCUCUCUCCCCCAUAGGCAGCAACGAGGCCAUGAAAGUGACAGGCAGUUCCGGCUCAUACCAGCAAGAAGCCAGUACAGGAACUGCUCAUUCCUGCCAAAGACAGUCAGGGACUGGAACACACUUCCAAAAGGAACAGUGGAGGCAAAAACAUUUGAAACAUUUGCGUCUUUUGCCUCAGGCCUUCCAAAUCCCAGUUCAUGAUACCUUCACCGAGUGGCCCUUGCAACCAGUGAAAUAUCCUCUUCAACACCAGGCACAGAAACAUUGCAAAUACCCUCUACAUGCAUAGGAGCCAGAAUGCCCUUAAAAUAUAGAAGAAGAAGAAAGGUUUAUUGAAUUUGAAACUAAGAAAAUAUAUCGUCUCACCAUGGCUUGUAUAAAUAUAUGAGGAUUAAUUUAUUUAAAUAUACAAUCUAUUUUAACAGUAAAAUCUAUGCACCACAUAAAUGUAAUUUAUUAUUUAAUUUAUUGUUGCAUAUUGUAACAUGAAGCACCUUCGUCACAUUAAAAUUUAGUUUUUGCAAAUUAUUAUAUUAAUUUGUUAAAACUUUUAUGGAAAUAGUACAUCCUUAAAUCCCUUUUAAAAAAUAGUUCAAAUGAACAGCUACAUUUUUCAUAGUUGCUGGUUUAUUACUUUGUGUACACUUAUGAUUCAUGACAUAUUUUAUCAGAUACAUAGCUGUUUUUGAAAUGUUCUCAAACUAAAUUUUUCAUUUCAGGCUUGUUGAAAGGUUUCUCAUGGAUGGAUAGUAUCCUUUCAUAUAUAUAAUAACAUAUUUUUGUUAUUUAUUAAAAUAAUAUUUAAAUUAUUGUAACAUAGCUUCCAUAUAAACAAAAUUAAGAAAUUAAAUCCAUUACAAAAUUAUUAAUUUCAAAAGAAUAAAUUUACUAAUCUAUUAUUACUUCAACCAACAGUUCCACUGCAAAUUUUUUAAUUCACUAAUAUAUUAUUUCAGUGGUUCCCAAACUUUUAAGUUUGGCGGACCGGUGAACAAGUUUUGAAAUUUUACCAAGGACGGGUGCAUGAUUUAUUUUUAAACUUUUAUUUCUAUUUGACAAUAAAUAUUUAUGUUAUGGGGACCGGCAGCGUUAGGCAUGCGGACCGGUGAAGGUCCAAGGACGGCCAUUUGGGGACCACUGUAUUAUUUGAUUUGAUUUUGAGGUUAUUGACUGGCUUAACUUAUUAAGUAAACCACAACAGUUGUCAACAUUCGCACUAACACUAUUCAACUACAAAUCACAGAUUGAUGGCAAAACAGUCUCAGUUGGUGAGGAAUCUAGUUUGAAAAGAUUUUAAAUUUUGAUAGGGCUACUGUUAUGUUUGUAUGAAUAGAGCUCAUACAAACAUAUCAUGAAAUCAUAUGAUAUUUCAAAUAAUAAUUAACAAGGAUUAGCUAAAUUUUCCAUUACUUACUAUUAAAAUGAAUAUCAUAUAUAAUUAAUAGUUUUGAUCAAUUUUAGCACAUGAUUUUCCAUCAUUUUAAUUUUUGAGGCAAGUUGAAAUAUUAAUUGCAGAUUUCUGGGACACUGCUGGUCAAGAGCGUUUCAACAGCAUGCAUCCAUCAUAUUACCAUCAAGCAAAUGCAUGUAUUCUAGUAAGCGCAAAUAUUAAUAGUUAUACAUUGUUGAGAAAAGGUCUAGCAUGUGUUAGCUUUCUUAUUGAAUAGCUAUAACUAUGUUUAGAAAUAAUCUCAUAGAGCUAACAUCAUUGACAAGCAUUUAGAUCUUAACAAAUUAAAUUUAAUAUUAACUUAAGGGCCAAUUAUUUUCUUUGAUGGGACUUCAUUUUACUUAAUACCUUUCAGGUUUUCGACUGCACAAGAAAAAUCACUUACAAAAACUUAUCAGAAUGGCUGAAAGACUUAAAAACCUAUAGGCCAGAGAUACCAUGUUUGUGUGCUGCAAAUAAGAUUGAUGGUAAUUAAAAAAAAAAAUUAUAGUCUUAUUUUAUCUUUUAUAUAACAUUCUAAACCACAGAACCUUAAUUAGUUUAAAAAUCUUCGAGGUAACACAUUUUGUUAUAUUUUAAUAUGCAACUUUUUAAUAAUGAAAAUUACUGUAUAUACUUGUAUAUUAGCUCCCUCAUUCCUAAGCUGAAAGCAUUAGUUUUGGCUUGAAAAAGCCUCAAAUAUUUAGCCGGCAAGAGCAAUACGGUACAGAAGAAAAUAAUUUGUAAAUAAAAUAUCAUUUAAGUAAAACGACUUCAAAAUAAUGAACAUACAGUAUUAUGUAUAACACAAAUAUUCACUGCCUGUGUCUACUAGUAUUAAUCAUACUCAGCAUUUUAAAAAAUAGGGCCUCGGUGAUCUACUAAAACUAUUUCAGGUACUUUGAUAGCCAAUCACGGCAAAAUGAGAACAAAAAGUGUGACCCCAUUUUUCCUCUCUUCCUAUUUUGCAAACAGCUCUAUGUUCACCUCUGUUAUUAACUUUUUACUUCAUUAUUUUCUAUAAUAGAAUCAACUUACCAGGAGAAAAAUAUAAAAAUCUCGUUUGACCCACUCAUAACAAAAACAUGUUACUUCUUUCCCUGAAAUAUUUAAAAAAUAUUCAGCUUAUGAAUGAGAAACAAGGUAGAUUAAAAAACAAACAACUCUCAUCAUUAAGAAUUAGAAUUUAAUGCAAUUAAACCACUAUAAAGGAGAAAAUAAUUUAAAAUUUCUUAAAAUGGAUUAUUUAAAGAAAGACUGUGCGUUACUAUUUCCAGGCUUUGCAUUUUCAUUUAGCUUACAUUUAAUUUCGCACCAAUCGCUUGUCAGUUUUCCAUUAUUUUUUUUUUAUUCAGGUCAAAUGUACAAAACAUUAUGUAAAAAAAAAUACGGGUUCUAUAAAUGCACUUAUUUUUUCUCCCCUUGGGUUGAAACAUAGAAAAUGAGAAGAUUUACUCUGUUUUUUUAACACCUAGACCUGGUUCCUGGUCUGUUAUGUGCAGCAUGUGCUAAUACUCUGCAGUUCCAGGUAUAUGGGCCGAUAAUUGGCUCGGCCCUAUUAAAAUUGGGACCAUUAAAAUAUCAACAUGGGACUUUUAAUUCAUUAUUAUCAUUGGUGGUCCUUGUUGAUUUGAACCUUCUUGUUGAACAUUUGUAUCAUCAGAGGACUUGAAUACAACCAAAAAAUCCUUUGCCUUUGCCAAGAAACAUAAUAUGCCAUUCUACUAUGUGUCAGCUGCUGAUGGGACUAAUGUUGUCAGGGUAAGUAGCUCUCAAAAGGGAGGUUACCACAAAUCACAUUUUACAUCUUUUCCUUAAACCAGUGGUUCUCAACCUUUGUAAUGCCGCGACCCUUUAACACAGUGCCUCAUGUUGUGGCGACCCCUAACCACAAAAUUUUUAUCGUUGCUGCUUCAUAACUGUUUUGUAUAUGUGUUUUCCGAUGGUCUUAGGCGACCCCUCUGAAAGGGUCAUUCGACCCCCAAAGGGGUCGCGAUCCAUAGGUUGAGAACCACUGCCUUAAACUUAUUUCUAUAGUGUGAAUAUAUGGCCUUGUUUAGUGGUGGCCUUUCUGUGGUGCAACUAAAUCUUGUAAUAAAUGACCUAGUUUGGUUGUGACUUACUGUGGUGCAGCUGAAUUAGAAUCGUGCCCCAUUCAACAAUAAUAUUUAAAAUUUUAAUCAUUACUGGUUUCAAUAUAGAGAUUAUGCUCCACCUGAAAAAAAUUGCCAUGACUAUGGCUGACCAAGUUUGAUCUCUUAACAUUUGGUUAUAGUCUGUAAAACUUUGUGAUAGUUAUUAUUCCAUGAAGAUUAUUAAGUAUUACUACCAUAUUGUUCAAGUUUAACUUUCAUAAUGCUCUCCUUAUUUUAAUUGUUUGUGAUUAAAUAUUCCAGGAUUAAAUCAAGAAUAAUUUAGUAAUCAUUAUUACACAGCUGGAAUCAAGGUUUGAAUUAAAUCACGUCUUGUUCAUCAAAGUACAUCUUAUAUUCUAGAAUCCUCUCUCUGUUAACGUGGUUUAAUAUCUGAUGCAGACACCUAUAGGAAUUGAAUAAGUUGGUAUUGAUAUCAAUUUCAAGUAACCUGAACAUCCUCACCUAUAGCAAAAAUUUCAAAUGGAAUGUCUUGAUUGUUCUCAUCUAUGGAUCAGAGUGCAUUAAAACCAUUAAUGUGUCAGCAGGCCUGAGGAGAUGGGGGUGCAGCCGGUACAUUGUUCCAGGCCUGUGAAGCUCAAAGGGGGCACAUGAUGGGGAAUUUUAAAAAAUUAUUUCCAUAUCCAAAGUUUUUAAAAGAAAAACAAUAUUGGAUAUAUACUUCAUACUCUAUACUUUGUGUGUAUAGUUAAAACCCCCUUGCAGCCUUCUUUGACAUUAAUAGCCUUGUUUUUACUGGAAUUCCUACAACAUUUCCUGAACAUAUAGAUAAUCAGGUUUUUUCCUGAAAGUAUUUUAACAUUUCGAAGUUAAAAUAGUGAAAAAACAUGACAGAGAUUGGUUUGCCGGGAGUUGUAGCAAUAACUCAUCCUCUAAAUCUAUGCUUGCAUCAACAGAAGGGUGGUCAGCAGCUAAAAAGUGGUGAAAAUUAUGUAAUCGCAUCCCAGAAAUUGAGAGAAGCAAUCUUAUAGGCAGUGCUAUCUGGCUUUGCGAUAAUUAGAAAGACACCUGUCAUCUGGCAAAGACAUUUACAGUCUUUUGGAGGCAUCAAUUGAAACAGAAUCUGUUAAGUGGUACCGGUACAACAUAAUGAAACAAAUCAUUGAUGUUGUACUAUUCCUAGAUGAAGGAGGAUUGCUUUGCAUGACAGUUCUCAGCGAAUUGAUAAAAAAGACAAUGGUAAUUUCUGGGAGUCGUAGAAUUGUUGUCUCAGUGGAAUCCAAUUCUAAAAAUACAUGCCUCACAAGAAAAGGAAAAACAACUUUACAUUAUCUCAAAGCUGAUUCUCAAACAAGUUAAUUGCUAAUGUUCCUCACUUGUAAGUCAACACAUGUUGGAGGACACGAAAGCAGCAAAGUAUGAUGCUGUUUUUGUUGACUAAACAUCAGACUCAUCCCAUGUUGAAAAAACAAAAUUUCUUAAGCACUGUGUAAUAUUAUAUAAAAGUUUUAAAAGCCACUAUGAAAUUUUAGAAAGAUUUUUACAGUUUGUGGACAUGAGCCAUAAAACAGGAUAUGACAUAGCACAGAUGAUAAUAGAAACAUUGAAAGAACCCAAUAUUCCACUGUUGGAUUGUCCUACACAGGGAUAUGACAAUGUGGCCAAAAUAUAAAGUUACACAACCAAGAAUAUAUGAGCAAUGUGAAACAGCUUUACUUUGACCAUUUGGAUGGCACACAAUUAAUUUGUGUGGAAAUGAUGCAGCAGAAGGCAGAAAGCCACAACUUUGGAACUGUACAAGCUGUUGACAUCUUGUUUAGUUCUAGUCCACAGCGAUGGGAAAUCUUGCUGAAGUGUAUUGGCUGUUCUCUUCACGGCAUGUCUAACACCAUGGUCAAACCAUGUUGAAAAUAUAAAGCCAUUUAUAGCUCACCUGCCAGGCAUCAAAUAAAUUAGCAUUAGAAAACCUCUUGAAGUUGAACCUAACUGCCAAAACAAUAGCAGAGAUAAAUGCAGCUUUGUUGUAUAUCACAUUCUUCAUUAGUGUGAUAAUUUCUGUUGUAUGGUACAAGUAUUAGUUCCAGUUGAUGUCUGUAACAAAGUUAUUCAGUCCAAAAAUGCAACGCUGGAUGUCAAAGUGUCCAACUUAAAAAGCUUGAUUUCAGAAGUGACAAAUCUUCGAAACAACUGGCAAAGUAUGUGGAGUGAAGCGAAGCAUGUUGCUUCUAAUUCGACACAUAGAAGUGGCACUUUCUUGAACUUGGGGUGAAGCAAAAGAAAGAAGUUCGAUGAUGAAGGUGCUACAGAAUAAGCAGAUUUGUUUAAACAAGAUGAAAUGAUGAAUCUCUUGAGGAAUCUUAUUUCAGAAAUUCUGUCUAUGUAAUAUUGGAUAUUAUUGGUGGAGUCACUGUUCGUUUCAAUUCCGCAAUGAACAUUUCUGAGAAGUUCAGCUUUCUCUGGAAGUACCUAUCAAUUCCUCAAGAUGAACUGAAAGAAAAGACAAAAUUACUGGCAGACAAAAAUUCUGCUGAUAUCAGUGAGGAUCUUGUAAUGGAGAUAAGUCAUUUGUAAUUUGUUCAUCAAGCAAAUUUUAGAGAACACCAACUGAGUCCAUUGGAGCUAUUGAAUAGCUAGAAAGGAUACAAGCUGGAAGGACUCUUUCCAAAUAAAUUCUCCUACCUCCGUAGUCUGUUAAUAACUCCUCCCACUGUCAAAGUGCUCAUUCAGCAAAGUAAAGCUGAUAAAAAUUGCCUAAGGUGGUACUGGUACAUUUAGGGAGUCUCAGUAUUGAGUCUGAUCUUGCAAAAUAGAUUGAUUGAAUGAUGUGAUUUGCAAUUUUGCAAGGAAAAGGGCAAGGAAAUUACCUUUGUUUAGCAGAAUAUAAAUGCCAUUACAUCCCAACUAUAAUAAAUUGUAUGACAUUGUAAUCAAUCUAGUUGAAAAUUCAUGACUCAUGCAUACUGUUUCAUUAUAUUUUAUAAACUAAUGUGUAUUGUUUUUAUUAUCUUUUACAUAAGCAUUUGUCCUCUUUUUAAUAUAUUUUGAAGCAUGCUUGAAAUUAAUUAAUAUAUUAUUACAUAAUUGAUUUAUGCAUCCAUGUUAAGUUGAGGGGCCCAUUUUGAGUCUUGUUCCAGUACUUAAUAAUCCUGUCAGUGGCCUUACAUAUCAGAACUGAAGUUGCAACUUUUUCAGACCAAAUGCCUACAUGGGAUUUAUAUAAUCUUUUGGCCAAAGACGAUCUCCAAUGAAGUACAGUGACUCUGAGUUAGUGACAACUAAUGAAUGCAGUGCGGGAGGUGGCUUGAUCAUUGUAAUAAAAUGCCACCAAACUGAUUUCCCAGGAUAGCAUUAAUAUGAAUAUUUAAGGGAAACUGCAAAACCAAAGACCCAAAGAAACCUGUAGCAGCAUGAUAGUGGAAUAGAAGACAGCCUUGAUAGAAGUAGCCAUUAGACUGAAAAGGUUUUCCCUGGCCCUUGUGUCAAGCACACAGGUGGCACACAAACACUGAAUGAAUAAAUGAACCUAUUAAUGUGUUUCUCUACAUCAAUAUUAUCCAUUCACAGUUAUUUAAAGAUUCUAUCAGAGCAGCAUUGGCCUACAAGCAUAAUUCCACAGACUUUAUGGAUGAGAUUAUGAAAGAGCUUGAGGUAUGUGAUAUUUAUAUUGGGUAAUAAGGGGAGAGACUGCAAUCAGGUUAGUACAAAUAAAAUGAGUAAAACAGAGUAUGGUUAAACCUGAAAAAUUAAACGCAACAAAACAGCGAACGUGUCGGCAGAAAGCCUUCGUCAGCGAACAAAACAACAGAAAAAACGUUAUAAAAAUAAGAAAUAGCACUUAGCUGGUAAGUAGUAUCUACUUCUAUUGCUGCCCACAGAUACUACUUACCAGCUAAGUGCUAUUUCUUAUUUUUAUACCGUUUUUUCUGUUGUUUUGUUCGCUGACGAAGGCUUUCUGCCGACACGUUCGCUGUUUUGUUGCGUUUAAUUUUUCAGGUUUAACCAUACUCUGUUUUACUCAUUUUAUUUGAUAUUUAUAUUGCAAUUUUAUGUUAGUAGGAUUGUACCAAAAGAAAAUAACAGAUGAAUUAUAUCAGCCUUAUUAUUUAUAUUAAGAAAUCAACUAUGGUUCAAUAAAGAAAACAGAUCAAACAGUAGCAGGAAGAAAAGUUUAUAGAAUUAUAGUAAUAAAAAUUCACCUAUUGAUUUCACGCAUUGUUUUGUUCUUCAGAACUUUGAGUUGGAUCCAAUCCCAAGUAAAGCAAAAGACAAGAACUCUCAAGACACGGAAGAGGAUAAGAAAAUUGUCACCAUAGAAAACAGCUGAUAAUUGCUGUGAAUAGUUGCUGGGGUAAUAGUUACUAUAGGGAUUUCUGUCAGUCAGCUGCUGGCUAGCACUAAUUAAAUAUGAAUUUAUUCACCGUCCCUACUUAUUUCUGAAGAUUCUUUUGAUUUAGUGUUAUUCAUUUUGAGGUCAACAGCAUGAUUGACUGUUCUUCCUUACAGAAGAUUAGGAAAGUACAACUGCUUUAUUUCUUACAAUUUUCCGUGGAGUCAAGCCUUGUACAGAUAUUUGUCUCAUUGUUUUUUUUUGUAUCUAAUAUGAACUACAUUUACAUAGAGGUUGUGUAUGAACUAACAGAUUAAUGUAAUGAGAUUUUGUUUAAAUGGCUGUGGUUAAUACAUCACAAUUUUGGAAAAAAAAUGCUUUAAAAAAAACUCAGUACAUUGAUUUUUUUACCAAAGACACAUAAAAUGAUCAGUUAUGUUAAACUUGCACAAAGAUUUAGUAUGGCUAUAACAGCCCAUUUUCAUCUAUACUAUUGUUUUUAUACUCAAUUUGAAAAGCAUUAUCAGCAAUUAUGUUUAUUUUGCUAGUCAUUACAAUGUCAGAUAAAGCUACAGGAUAUUAUAAACCCAAUUGACCUAUGCAUAACGUAUUGUGUCGCAAAGAAUUUUGAUUUACCUAAUGGUUAUUUGAAUCAUAAACAGAUUAUUUUGUAAGCAUGUGUAGUUUUUCUAAAGAAAUAUUUGACAAAUAAGAAAAUGUUUUACACUACAGGUUGUAUGAUAUUUCAAAUUUGAAUGUGUGUAAUUAUGUCAGCAUUUUUCAAACUUUUAUCUUGUAGUUGAAGCAGUCUGAAGCAAAUAGUUAAAAUUGAUUGGCACACCAUUGUAGUAUCAAGAAAUAAUUAACUAUCUGUGAAAAGCAGUUCCCAAGCCACUUUGUAUUAUUAAAUUAGAUGAAUUAUAUUUAAGGUACCAUAUUACUUUGAACGACCCCACAUUGACUUGUGAAAUUCCCCCAAAAUACUUCUUUUUACAUCAAUUUGAAUUAAAAUCUGGCAACACAACUGUCAGCCUUCUGCUACACAAUAUGUUUUCACUAAGAAACAUCAAAGUAUAAUUACAUAAUCAAAUGUUUUUCUUUUUUAAUAUAAUACUUAAAAUAUAUAAGUAUAAGGAGUCUGAAAAUGUGGUACUUUUAAAUUUUAAUUAAAAAUCAUGAUCAUUGGUAAAAAAUUAAAACUCAUUUUUUUGGUAGUUGAUAUAUUUUUAUAUUCUGCAUUUCAUUUUGUACAAGCAACUUUUACUUUACUAGUUAUUUUUAAAAAAACAACAAUUUAUUCUGACUUGAUAUAAAUAUUUACUUUUUACUUCUGUACCUUAGCUUUAGCUAAUGCAUCAAAGAGACUGUGAUACUUUGAGAUAAUUUAUUUUGUCGUGGUUCAUUAGUGAGUAGUUCUAACAUCUGAUUUACGUGUUUUAGAAAUUUAUGUGUUAAAAUAACUUUUUAGUCAUUUUUAUUUAAACAUGAAGGUAUCAUUUCAAAUUUACUGUAGCAGAAAUAUCAUUUAUUCUUUUUCAAAUUUCCAGUAAUAUUUUACUGCAUUGAAAAUUGUGUGACUUUCAUGUACAUAGCCAAACUAAAAAUUAACAAUCAUUUUAUAUUUACAAGUUAUUUCUUCCACAUGGUAAUAUGUUGAAAAAGUGGCAGACAAAUUUAAUUUCUUUAUAUUUAAUUACCAUUUUUUAAAUAACUUUAAUAAAGUUUUUCAGGAGCUGUUUACCUAAUGAUUGUCAGAUUUUUAAAAAAGUAGAGCAAAUUUAGUGUUUGAUUUAAAGGGUGUCCAGUGCCAUCAGGCAUAAUAAGUUUGUGUAAGUGAAUUUUAAAAAUGUUGUUUGACACAUUUUUAAAACAUUGUCACCCACCCUCUAUGAAAUUUGGCAAGAUGAUUUGAAAGCUCGAAUAACGAUUGCUACUCUCUUACCAUCUCGUUUUCAUUCUUAGUAUAGGGCUAGUCUUACUGUAUGGUCCUGAGUAAGAGAUUCAUUUCUCUCUCUUAACACAGAUGCACUUUAGUUUGUCUCAUUGUUAUUGCGAUGAGCUAAAUGUCAUUUCAUUCAAAGUUUGCAUGUACCACAUUGACGAUGGGAUGUUUGCAUUUGAAUGAAAAAGGAUUUGACAUGUGAAGUAUGUGUAUUCUACAUAUCUGUCAGUUAAGAUUUAUGUAUAUGGUGCAUGAGGACAAAAUAAACUUUUGCGUAAUAUUAAUCUCUUGAAUCGAGUCCUUUGUUCUGAUUGAUAUCAAUAUUUUAGGCAAGCAAAAUAAAUCAAAGCUGCAUUUUUCUGGAGAAACUUUUUCUUAACUCUGUGUUCCCAAACUAUUUUGCAAUGAGUCACACUCUUUAAUAAAAAUUGUUUUAAAAUUACAUGGAUUCAAUAUCUUCAAUUUUUUAAUUAACUCUCUGCAUUGCUUUUUUAUAGUGCAAGAGGAAUUGUCGCCACCAAGUCAUUUCAAAG